GGGGCACCACCAUUUUGGGCACCACCAAAAAUUAUACAAACCUGCCACCUAUGUGGAAGACCCCUCCUGUGCUCAUCCCCUGCUCCUCCCCUCUCUCUCCCCAGACCGGAACCUCCUUCCCAUCACCUCAUCAUGGCAACCCUGGUCUCCUGGGUCCCCUUCUGGCCACCCCUCCGGCUCUCCAUCUUCCUGCUGGCCAUCAUGACCUUCUCCAUCUUCCUCCACUCGAGAGGCUGGUUCCCUGCCAGUGGACGGAGGCUUCCCUCCUCCAAUGCCAUGGGGCGACCCCCAGCCAUGUCUCCCAUCCUGCCCCCCACCACACCCCCUGCCACGGAGCGCGGCAUGUGGACCGUGAACUCCGCUGGGCGCCUGGGGAACCAGCUGGGGCAAUACGCCACCCUCUACGCCCUGGCCAAGAUGAACGGGCGCCAGGCCUACAUCCUCCCAGAGAUGCACCGGAAGCUGGCGCCGCUCUUCCGCAUCACCCUGCCCGUGCUCUCCAGCGACGUGGUCCGAAGUGUCCCGUGGAGGAACUACGAGCUCCACAAUUGGAUGUCGGAGGAGUACAGGCACAUCGAGGGGAAAUACGUCCGGCUGACGGGCUAUCCAUGGUCCUGGACCUUCUACCACCACCUCCGGCAGGAGAUCCUCCAGGAAUUCUCCUUCCACGACCACGUCAAGGAGGAGGCCAACCGGUACCUGGCCGGGCUGCGCAGGCAACGCUGGAACGUGACCUACGUGGGCGUCCACGUCCGGAGGGGGGACUACGUCUGGUUGAUGCCCCAGGUCCGAAAGGGGGUGCUGGCGGACAAGGCCUACCUGGAGAAGGCCAUGGGCUACUUCCGGGCCAAGUACCAGGAGCCGGUCUUCGUGGUGACCAGCAACGGGAUGGAGUGGUGCCGGGAGAACAUCGAUGCCUCGCGGGGGGACGUGUAUUUCUCGGGGGACGGGAAGGAGUCGUCGCCGGGGAGGGAUUUUGCUCUCUUGGCCCAUUGCAACCACACGAUCAUGACCAUUGGGAGCUUCGGCACCUGGGCUGGUUACCUAGCUGGGGGGGAGACCAUCUAUUUGGCCAACUACUUGCUCCCCGAUUCCCCCUUCCAGUGGCGAUUCAAGCCUUUGGCAUUCUUCCUGCCCGAGUGGAUUGGGAUUGACGCCGAUCUCUCCCCACUGCUGAAUGGGAGCUAUAAAAAUAAUAAAUAACAAAUGGAAGAAAGGGGCAAUGGAUAGUAAUAUAUAUAAAUCA